AGCACUAGCUCCGGCCACUACCUCCUCCAUCUCAAGUGCACUAAUAGGCUUCCCUCCUCCGCACGGUACCAAAUACGCGAUAGAAAUCGUACCUUUUCUCGGACGGUAGCUUGGGUCGGGUGGUGGUUGGUUCGAUGGCGGCGACGGUGGUAGGGAGCAGGAGCAAGGACGUGGAUCGGAUCAAGGGGCCGUGGAGCCCGGAGGAAGACGAGGCGUUGCAGAAGCUGGUGCAGCGCCACGGGCCGAGGAACUGGUCGCUGAUAAGCAAGUCGAUACCUGGGAGAUCGGGGAAAUCGUGCAGGCUCCGGUGGUGCAACCAGCUGUCGCCGCAGGUGGAGCACCGCCCCUUUACGCCGGAGGAGGACGAGACCAUCAUCCGCGCCCACCGUCGUUUCGGAAACAAGUGGGCCACCAUCGCUCGCCUCCUCUCGGGUCGGACGGACAACGCCGUUAAGAACCACUGGAACUCCACCCUCAAGCGAAGGUACUGUGCCUCCUCUUCCGCCGGCGAUGGCGGGUUCCGCCACCACCCCGACGACGACGUCGUGGCGGCGCGGCCGUUGAAAAGAACGAGCAGCGACGGUCCGGCUAUUUCUUCGAGCGGCGCCGGGCUCUGCUUGAGCCCAGGAAGCCCCUCGGCAUCCGAGCUCAGUGAUUCCAGUCACCACAGCCUUCCCAUGACAUCACCGGUCUCCACCGCCUCGCACAUCUAUCGACCGGUGCCGAGAACCGGAGGCGUCGUUUUACCUACCCCAUCCGCUCUGAACCCCCAUCAGAUGGAGCCCUCUGUCGUUCCGACAGUCGCCGCCCCAAAGAACACCGAAGAUCCGGUGACCUCCCUUUCGCUCUCCCUCCCUGGCUCCGAGACGAUGGACAUCCCGGAUCACCACCACAGCACCGGUGACGACAACGGCAGGCAUAAACAGCUUGACCUCGCGCCGUCCAUGCCGAUGACCCUGCAGGCGCGACCGCCGCCUGCGACGGCGAGGUGCGCGGACACCGCUGGUGCUGCCGUUUCCCCGGAUAAACGGAAGCGGUCCUCGGCGGCGGAGGAGGAACCGCGACCGAACGCGCCGUUUCCCUUCAGCGCGGAGUUGCUGGCGGUGAUGCAAGAGAUGAUCCGCAAAGAGGUGAGGAGCUACAUGACGAGCUUAGAGCGGAGCGGUGCCGCGUGCACGGAGUCUCGGCCGCCAUCGGAGAGCGUUCGGAAUGCUGGGAUCAAGCGGAUCGGCGUCGCAAAGAUGGAGUAAAAUUAUUAGCUUCAGAUCGAAGGAAGUACAAGUGAAGAAAGUAAGGAAAAAGGGAAACGAGAGUUGUAGAGAGCGGUGGUUUCAGAUCUAAUAGAAUUGUAGCUCUGCAAACCAAUAAUUUCCCCCUUUUUUUUUGUACAGGCGAAACAUCCAGUUUGAUGAAAUGGGAGGAGAAAGUGAUUUCUUUCACAUUAGCUUA